AUGGCAACGUUGGCCUGUCUUGGGCGUCCACCAGAGGGCGUCCUGGAAGAAUUCUCAUUGACUGAUUCCCUGCAGCCACCACCCGAGUGUUCCCCCGAGCCUCCCUCCGAGUUUCAGCAAGACCGCCUUUCCUUCGUUGAGGAUUCUCCAGUGUUCCCGCUUCCCGUCUGUGUUUCCACCUGCACCAAACCCGAGACUUCUCCGUGGCUUCCUGGACAAUCUACUCCCUACCAGCGUCCACCAGAGGGCGUCCUGGAAGAAUUCUCAUUGACUGAUUCCCUGCAGCCACCACCCGAGUGUUCCCCCGAGCCUCCCUCCGAGUUUCAGCAAGACCGCCUUUCCUUCGUUGAGGAUUCUCCAGUGUUCCCGCUUCCCGUCUGUGUUUCCACCUGCACCAAACCCGAGACUUCUCCGUGGCUUCCUGGACAAUCUACUCCCUACCACUAUCCUAUCCAUCGUGGGGAAUGCAGCGGUUCUGGUCAGCGCCGCCUCGUCCUGCUCAAAGCUCCACAGCUCCUGACGGUGAACUUAGCCGACAUCAGCAUGGCCCUCGGCACAUACCCGCUGUGCAUCGCCUCAGCUCACAAUCACGUCUGGAUCGGAUGUGGCGCCUCCUGCCUCAACUACGGCCUCAUGGGAAUGAUCUUCAGGGUUACGAGCAUCAUGACUCUGACCGUGAUGGGGAUGGUCAGGCCCCUGAGUAUUGUGAUCAGUGGGAUCAGGCUACAUGCUGAGCUCUGGGCCUUGUAUCCUCUGCUUGGCUGGGGCAGCUGUGGGCCGGAGCCGUUCAGACUCUGCUGUUCCAUGGACUGGACCAGUUACGGAGAGUCCCUGAACCACUCCACCUUCAUCUUGACUCUGUUUGUACUCUGCACGUUCCUCCCCUGUCUGGUCAUUGUCUUCAACUUCGGUAUCGCCUGGAAGCUGCACAGGGCCUACCAGUCCAUCCAGAAUAAUGACUGUCAAUACGGCAACAUCGAAAAGAAAAUCACUCUCAUGGCUGUGAUGAUCAGUCCGGGGUUCCUCAUCGCCCGGACCCCCUACGUCGCCGUCAGCUUCUGGAGCAUGUUUCGCCCUCGAGAUCAGGUCCGCAUGACUGUCGUCGUCACCCUCCUACCCUGCCUCUUCGCCAAGAGCUCCACCACGUACAACCCUUUCAUAUACUUCGUCUUCCAGCGUAGAUCCAGGCACAAACCCCUCGGCCUUAAGAGGCGCAUCUUUUGUUGCUCUGAUGGAUCCAACUCACCCGCUGAGGGCAAACACGGUGAAAAGCUCUGA